UUUAAGCAGAGUUUCAGCCACAAUUCAAGGGGAUUCGAGUUUUUGAGAGAGAGAUCAGUUCCUAGAGAGAGAAAGUGACGAGCAAGAGUUCCCAAGUGCCCUAGAUUGAUCUUCAACACCAUUGGAGGCCAGUUUGAGCUUGGAGAAGUGCCAAUCAACGUCCAGAAGCAGGAAUCCAUCCUUCGCAGUAUGAAUUCCGUGUCUGAUUCUGCUUUUGCUUUCUUCUCCUUGGAGUAGUUCUCCCAUUCAUCUGGGUAUGGAGAACCCUAGAUUUGUAUGUUAGGUUUGAUUGUAUGAACCCAAGUACUGAUUCUAUGAUUGAUUAUAUUCGAUUGAGGUUUUAAUGAUUGAAUGACUUGAAUCCUGAUCAAAUUCCUGUUGUUUCUGCUUUAACCUAAAAUGAGAAUAUCUGCCUAGGUUAAUAGAGUAUCCUUGAUUGAAGGUAGGGAGUUGGUGACUUUACUCGAGGAACCAACUCACUAUUCUGUACCGGAUUUACUCCGGUAGUGGAGGUUUUGUUCUUAGGGCCUCAAUCUGUUUACUCCGGUGGAGGUUAGUCGCCCGCUAGAGACUCAGAUUGAGAGGGUCUGAAGACCUUUAGUCGAGACUUCAGGCUGUUUAAGAACCUUCCGCAGUAUAACUAUCAUAGAAACUGAACUUGGUAAUUACAAUCCGGCUUAACUGCAGUCUAGGGGGAACCAUAUCCGGGUGACCUCUUAACCUGAAUACAACCGUUUGUUUGCUUUGUUAGUUUGUUAGUUUAGACUUGCAUUCCAGUUUCAUUGCUAGAUAACAUGAAUUCACUGAGUAGUCAUCAUAUCUAGGACCCGGGUUGAUAAUUAAACCCAAACCCGCUAUACUACGCUUUAGGAAGUGGUUUCACUUGGCCAAUUCCUGAAGUGACAGUAGAGUCGAGUCAAUUAGUCUGGGAUUCCUUGCGUGCCAAGCAGCCAGAGGUACCGUGGUUUAAGCUCGUCUGGAAUAGGUUAUGUCCUCCUCGCUAUAGCUUCAUUGCUUGGCUUAUUAUAAGAAAUGCAAUAGUGACGAGGGACAAACUUCUGAGCUGGAGGAAGAUAACUAUUGCCUCUUGCCCAUUGUGCACUUUCCCGAUGGAAACGAGAGAGCACCUGUUUAUGCAUUGCUCUUUUGCUCAUCUGCUUGUCUUGAAUUUGCACUGUCGAUUGUUUGAAGCAGGAGGUUGGGACGCAAUGAUGGCUGCUGUCUGCUCUUUGGUUCAGCCCUCAGGGAAAUUGCGAUGGCAUGGGGUUGUGUGGUGUAUGGUGUUGACGUGCAUUUGGCGUGAGCGUUGCAGAGUUGUACAUGGUGGUGCUCUGCCAGACCCAGAAAAGGUUGCUACCCAGCUGCAAGCGGAUCUACGAUACCUGGUGGCUGGGAAUGCCAUGCUGCAGGGGGAUCUUGAGAGUUUGGGAUAUCUUUGAUUUUUCUUUGCUUGUUGCUUGUUUUUGAGUAGCUGAGUGAGCAGUUACAGGUUGAGUAGGAGUGAGCAGGAUUUUUGACAUUACUCAAAGCGUUACUGCUUUGCCUCGUUGUAUUGGUUUUUCUUUUCAUAUUAAUAAAGAGGGGAACUGAUUCAACGGAAAAAAAAAUUGGCCAAAAAUUGCGAUUGAUAGAAUUCAAAAUCGGUGAAAAUAGCAUUCCCAAAAAUCGGCCAAAAUUUUGAUGGAUAACCUUCAAAAGAAAUUGUCAUUUCUGAAAAAAAUCGCAUGAAAUAUGUGAUGGAUAACCUUCAAAAUUGAAAAAGUCUUUUAAAAUCAACGAAAAGUGGUCCCAGAAGAAAUAUGCCCAAAUCAGUGCUUACUGGACUUAAUGAUCGGUGAAGAAUAGCCCCAAGACGAAUCCGUGAUCUAUAGCCUUCAAAAUCCAAGGAAAUGUCCUUUCGAAAAAAAUCGCGCAAAAAAGUUACAAAAAUGACAUCCAAAAAUAAAUCCGACCAAAUCGAUGCUUAAUGGACUUAACCAUCGGUGGAGAAUAGGAUCAACAAACUUCAUCAUCGAUGGAGAAUAGUCUCGGGCCGAAUUAGUGAUUUGUAGCCUUCAAAAUUGAAAGAAAAUUACAUUUUCUAAAAAUCACCAGAAAUCUGUAAUGGGUAACCUUCGAAAUCCGCCAAAAAUGGACCCGGAAGAAAUCCGCCCAAAUUGAUGCUUAAUGAACUCAAUCAUCAGUGAAGAAUAGCCUCAGGCCGAAACCCUAAUAUUUAGCCUUCAAAAUCAAAUGAAAGGGUAUUUCAAAGAAAAAUCGCCAAAAAGUUACGAAAAUGUCAUCAAAAAAUCGGUGUCUAAUGAACUUAAUCAUCGGUGGAGAAUAGGAACAAUAAACUUCAUCAUCUGUGGAGAAUAGCCUCGGAUCGAAUCCGUUAUUUGUAGCCUUCAAAAUCGAAAGAAAAUGGCAUUUCGAAAAAAUCACCCGAAAUUUGUGAUGGUAUUGGUACCCCUUUGCAAUCCGCCAAAAAUGGAUCUGAAACAAUUCUAUCCAAAUUGGUGCUUAAUGGACUGAAUAAUCGGUGAAGAAUAGCAUCAUGCAAAAAUUUGUGAUCUAUAGUCUUCAAAAUCUAACGAAAUGGCCUUUCGAUAAAAAUCGACCAAAAAGUUACGAAAAUGUCAUCGGAAAUAAAUCCAUCCAAAUUGGUGCUUGAUGGACUUAAUCAUCGGUGGAGAAUAGGAUCAGUAGACUUCAGUAUCGGUGGAGAAUAGUCUCGGGCCUAAACCAUGAUCUUUACUAUUCAAAAUCAAAAGAAAAUGACAUUUCAAAAAAAUCGCCUGAAAUCUAUGAUGGUACCCCCUUUGGAAUCUGCAAAAAAUAGACCCAGAAGUAUUCAGCCCAAAACGAUGCUUAAUGAACAUAAUCAACGGUGAAAAAUAGACUGAGGUCAAAUAUGUGAUCUAAAGCCUUCAAAAUCAAAGGAAAAUGGUCUUUCAAAAAAAAUUUGCCAAAAAAUUAAGAAAAUAUCAUUAGAAAAUAAAUCCGCCCAAAUCGAUGCUUAAUAGACUUAAUCAUUGAUGGAUAAUAGGAUAAAUAAACUUCAUCAUCGGUGGAGAAUAUCACCUGCCAAAUUUGUGAUCCGUAGCUUUAAAAAUAGAAUGAAGAUUGGCAUUUCGGAAAAAUCCCCUGAAAUUUGUGAUGGUACCCCUUUGGAAUCGCCAAAAAUGGACCCAUAAGAAAUCCGUCCAAAUCGAUGCUUAAUGGACUUAAUCAUCCGUGAAGAAUAGUAUCGGGCCGAAUUUGAGAUAUGUAGUUUUCAAAAUCUAAAGAAAUGUUCUUUCGAAUAAAAAUUGACCAAAAAGUUAUGAAAACGCCAUCCGAAAAUAAAUCAGCUCAAAUUUGUGCUUGAUGGACUUAAUCAUCGGUGGAGAAUAGGUUCAAUAAACUUCAUCAUUGGUG